AUGCCUCCAAAGAAAGCAGUGAAAGAGGAGAAGCUCCUUCUGGGCAGGCCUGGCAACAACCUGAAGAGCGGCAUCGUUGGUCUUGCGAACGUAGGCAAGUCUACGCUGUUCCAAGCCAUCACCAAGUGCUCUCUCGGUAACCCUGCCAACUUUCCGUACGCCACCAUCGACCCAGAAGAAGCGCGUGUCAUCGUACCAGACGACCGAUUCGACUGGUUAUGCGAGCAUUACAAACCCAAAUCACAGGUACCAGCCAACUUGACUGUAUACGACAUCGCCGGUCUUACGCGAGGCGCCUCGACCGGCGCGGGUCUCGGCAAUGCUUUCCUGUCACACAUCCGUGCCGUGGAUGCCAUCUUCCAAGUCGUGAGGUGUUUUGAUGACGCAGAGAUUAUUCACGUCGAGGGCGAUGUCGAUCCGAUACGCGACUUGGACAUCAUCGCCGAAGAGCUUCGCAUCAAAGAUAUCGAGUUCGUCGAGAAGGCACAUGAGGCCCUUGUGAAGCAGACCCGAAGAGGUGGUCAGAGCUUGGAGAUGAAGAAGCUGAAAGAGGAGCAAGCGACAGUGGAGAAGAUUCUUGCGAUGCUCAAGGAUGGCAAGGAUGUGAGGAAAGGUGACUGGGGCCCAAAAGAGGUCGAGGUCAUAAAUCCGCUCUUCCUACUCACAGCUAAGCCCGUCGUCUACCUGGUGAACCUCAGCGAGAAAGACUACAUCCGCCAGAAGAACAAGCAUCUACCCAAGAUCGCUCAGUGGGUCAAGGAGCACGCCGAAGGGGACCCCAUCAUACCUAUCUCUGUAUCUUUCGAGGAGCGCCUUACUCGCUUUGAGACAGACGCGGAGGCCGAGGAAGAAUGCAAAAAGAUUGGCACCAAGUCUGCGCUGCCCAAGGUCAUCGUGACUAUGCGGAAGGCAUUGAACCUGGGAAGCUUCUUCACAACCGGAACGGACGAGGUCCGGCAGUGGACCAUACGGAACGGCACCAAAGCACCACAAGCUGCUGGUGUUAUCCACGGAGACUUCGAGAAGACUUUCAUCCAGGUUGUUGUGUACAACUUCAGUGUGCUAAAGGAGGAGGGUGAUGAGGCCGCCGUUAAGGCAAAGGGAAAAAUUCAGACGAGAGGGAAGGAAUACGUGGUGGAAGAUGGUGACAUCAUUCUCGUGAAGGCAGGCGCUGCGAAGUCUUAG